AUGUCUGAGCCCAGCUACAAAAUCAGGCCCGUCUCUUUAGACCCAAACCAUGAGCCCAACAAAGCUCAGGCCCGGCUCUCAAAGCUCCAAUCCGAGUUUUCUCCUCCAUCCGUGCCUUCAACUUGCAGCAACACUAUCACCUUGGCUACUGGAGACGGGUCUGCACCGGCGAUACGACCUGUAGCUCGGCAACAAAGGCCAGAAGAUCAGUUCCGUAUCAACUCCCCAUCGAACACCUUCGCUCUCCACCACUCUCUCGGCCGCCGCUUCGUCGUCUCCGCCAAUCCCACAUUGCGAGACCUUCCGCACCACCCUCGCCGACCUCUUCCCGACGGCAUUUUCAACGCCGAUGGAGAUAACUGGAAGUUCCAGCGCCAAGUCUCCAGCCACGAGUUCAACACCAAGUCUCUGCGUAAAUUUGUCGAACAGGUGGUCGACCCCGAGCUUUCCGACCGCCUUAUUCCAAUUCUCUCCGCCUCCGCCGCCAGCAGUUCAGUCCUGGACUUCCAAGACAUUCUUCAGCGCUUCGGUUUCGACAACAUCUGUCGAAUUGCUUUCGGGUACGACCCGGAUUGCCUCCUGCCCUCUCUGCCCGAAGCCAAUUUCGCAGUGGCUUUCGACGAAGCCGUGCAAAUCAGCAGCGACAGGCUCAGAUUGCUGCACCCAGUAUGGAAACUCAAAAGGGCUCUCGGAAUCGGGUCCGAAAAGCGCCUCCGUGCCGUCGAGUCAGAAGUCCGCGAGUUCGCGAAAGCCAUUGUCAGAGAAAAGAAGCGGGAUCUGAGCGAGGCGAAGGUGUUGGGAUCUGUAGAUCUGCUCUCCCGGUUCUUGAGCUCUGGCCACACCGACGCAAAGUUCGUCACCGACAUCGUCAUCAGCUUCACCCUCGCAGGCCGGGACACCACAUCGGCGGCUCUAACCUGGUUCUUCUGGCUUCUCUCGCAGAACCCAUGUGUAGAAAACGAGAUCUUGAGGCAGAUCAACGAAGCGGCGUCGUCUGAGUUAGCAGCGGGAGGAGUUUUACGACGAGGCUGUACCCACUGCAAGCCCGCCGACAACACCAACAUCGCCUCCAGCCCCACCCACGUUGGCUGGCGUGGCAAAUCGGACGGCGACGGCAUCUCCCUCUUCGGCGCUCGCAAAAUCUGGAUCGACCACUGUUCCCUCUCGUUCUGCGCCGACGGACUGAUCGACGCCAUCACCAAGCAUCUGGAAAUUGGUUCCUAUCGUGAGUGGUCUGAAGAACGCCGUCAGGAGUGGCUUUUAUCUGAAUUAUGUGGCAAGCGCCUACUGUUUGGUCCUGAUCUUCCAAAAACGGAAGAAAUCUCUGAUGUUUUGGACACAUUACAUGUGAUAUCAGAACUUCCAUCUGAUAACUUUGGAGCAUACAUCAUCUCAAUGGCGACUGCUCCAUCUGAUGUGCUCGCAGUUGAGCUCCUGCAACGUGAAUGCCACGUGAAGAAACCACUAAGAGUCGUUCCACUGUUUGAGAAGCUUGCAGAUCUGGAGGCUGCUCCUGCUACUUUGUCACGGCUUUUCUCGAUUGAUUGGUAUAGAGAGCGGAUCAACGGAACGCAAGAAAUCAUGAUUGGGUACUCAGAUUCUGGUAAAGAUGCAGGGCGUUUCUCUGCAGCCUGGCAGUUAUACAAGGUACAGGAGGAGCUUAUCAACAUUGCUAAGAAAUUUGGUGUGAAGCUAACUAUGUUCCAUGGUCGUGGUGGCACUGUUGGAAGGGGAGGUGGUCCCACCCAUCUUGCUAUAUUGUCUCAACCACCGGAUACAAUUCAUGGUUCACUCCGUGUCACUGUCCAAGGUGAAGUCAUUGAGAAGUCGUUUGGAGAGGAGCUCUUGUGUUUUAGAACACUCCAGCGUUUCACAGCUGCUACACUAGAGCAUCGAAUUUCUGACGAGUUUGCUUCUCAAACAUUACUUGUAAAUCUGCUGUCUUUUGUUUCUCGGACAAUAAACUCAUAUUGGGGAACUCAGCAACGGAUUGAUCUUGCACGCUUUACUGGACUGCAAUCUCGGAAGAGUGAGUCAUCCUCUCACCAAAUGCCAGAAAUGCCCGAUUCUACUAACCAAAUGCCAGCACUGGAUGAUAAGAUAGCUUCUGUAGCUGAAGCACCUGGAAAGGUUGAGACCCUGGAGGUUGGGUGAGCUGCGACACCACGUCCGACAGCUCACAUGAGCUCAAGUUUGGCGAUACGGUCUUUGACUCCACCAUGAACAGCAACGGCUUGGCAAGUCCCUUCAUGGAGGUGGAUUUCGAGGGUCUUGUGGCAACGCUUGGUGGUCUGGUGGGAAGUGCCCAGGUUACAAAUAUGAUCCCUUCCUUUGCGACGGCAGGCAGUACAGCGGCUGUGCAAUGGCGGCAGUGUAAGGUAGCAAUAAUGCAGUGGCGGAGCAAUGGUUGUGUAGUGGCAGUGGCAAAACGUCAAACGGCGGAGAACUUCAAUAACCGCCGUCAAACGACUAGCCGGUCAUGAAGCCUCAACUGCAGCAUCUCCGUCGUCUUCAUCCUUCCCUACAAAUCC